UCAAAGCAAAACUGUUCACGUCGUGUGGCAGUGUGGACGAAUCGCGAAAACUGUAUCAGUGGGUCCGCGAUUAAAAAUGGCGGGCUUAGUGGAAAGUAUACUAAAUGGAUACAAUUAUAUGUUUGAUGACUUUGCUCAUCCAAUCACUAAGAACUGGUUCCUAGUUGCCAGACCAUUCCAGAUGAUCGGUGUGUUAUCCUUUUAUUUAUUCUUCUCAACACGACUGGGCCCCUGGUACAUGAGAAACAAGAAGCCUUACGACCUGAGAACUGUGAUCAAAUAUUACAACUUAUUUCAAGUUGUUGCCAGUUUAUACCUUUUUUAUCAGGGAUCGGCGUACGUUUUGUCAAAAGAGUAUUCUAUCCUGUGCCAAAACGUGGAUGAUCCGAAAACACCAAGGGCAUAUAACAUAGCGGUAUCAGCGUGGUAUUACUUCAUGAUAAAAGUAGUGGAUCUACUCGACACCGUGUUCUUCGUGCUGAGGAAGUCAGACAGACAGAUAACAUCGCUACAUUUGCACCAUCAUACACUGAUGCCGUUAGCGAGCUGGGUGGGAAUAACAUACUUCCCAGGCGGGCAAGCAUCUAUAAUGGCAACAUUGAACUCGUUUGUGCACGCCGUCAUGUACACUUAUUAUUACUUGGCAGCAUUUGGGGACAAGUAUAAGAAAUACUUGUGGUGGAAGAGGCACGUCACUGAACUCCAACUGUUCCAAUUCAUCGUCGUUGGUCUACACGCAUUGAACAGUGUAUUCUACGAGUGCGGGUACCCAACAUGGAUUAAAAUCGGAAUGAUUAUUUACGCACUUAUAUUUAUUAAUAUGUUUGGAAACUUUUACUACGCAUGCUACAUAUCAAGAAACAGAUCUGGUGGGAAAGACGCCAACAAUACAGCAUCUAGAGAAAGUAAUAAAAAUGGAUUAUCAACUGAAAAAAGUAAUGGACUGAGGAGUAAAAAGGAAUCCGACGACGAGACGAUAAAAAAUAUAUAUAAGAAAGGAUACGACACAGACGCCAAAAGCAACAAUGGACUCAAAAAAAAUUUAAAAACUCAAUAAAGUAGCUGUAUUAUAAUCUGUAUUGAUAAUGAAUAUUGGUGUGGCAAUAUUAUUUCUAUUUUAAGGCUCGUGCAUAAAAAUAUUACUUUAUUACAUUUUAAGAAUUCGCUCUACAGAAAAGACAAUCGAAAUAAUUAUCUUGCAAGCUAUAACACUACGAUUUUAAC